AGUGCAACUCGCGCGCGCUCGCUUUCAGUCCGACGACAACGCCACUUUCGGCAACAGCUGGUUACAAAUUCCCAAACUUAUCAGGACCCAUCAUUAGUACCACUCAGACGAUCGACGGGUGAGCGUGUUCAGAGAGACUCAAGAUGUUUCUCGUGGGACCGAUCGCGUCCACGCUUAGCGCCAUAGUGAUAGUGAUAGUUGCGAUCGCGCCAUUUUCGCUGCAGGAAGAUGCGCCACCAGUCUGGGAAGUUACCACGGUUUGCGACAUACCAAACGAAGUUCAGAAGGGCACGUGUCGAGAGCCUAACGACUGUCCCGCCUACGGCGCGAUCAAUGAUCCAACCGAGCUCAGUUCGGUGGGCCGCUUAAGCUUUUUGAAGCAAGUUCAGUGCAACGGCACUGUGUCCGGACAGGUUUGCUGUCCAAGGAAGCGACGCUAUGAGUCCCCUGCGCUGAACGAAAAUGUUCCUCGACGAGUUCGACCGAAGGCGACUAAUCGCAUUCAUUCGCGAUUUGGCGAUGAUGACAGUUGCGGAUCUCAGAGUUAUGUGCCCAAAAUACGGGGCGGCGAGAUUGCCAACAUCGACGAGUUUCCCUGGAUGGCGAUGCUGCUGUAUGAUAUGAAGGACACCAAAAUGGUUGUACAUGGCUGCGGUGGAGUGCUGAUUAACAGGAACUAUGUGAUCACGGCGGCUCAUUGUGUUACUGGCUCAGAGUACGAUAGUAAGGGACCACUCAAAUAUGUCCGCCUGCGCGAGUACAACGUGUACGACGAUCCGGACUGUGUGAUCGAGCAGUCCGCCCUGGAUUGCUCCGAGGAGAAGUUCGACGCGAAACCCCGAAACAUCACAAUCCACCCCGAGUACGAUGUGAGCAAUCACAACAAGUACCACGACAUCGCCCUCAUCGAGAUCGAUCCGAGCCCUCCGUAUUCGGACUUCCUCAGGCCGAUUUGUCUCCCCGAACCGGAGCUGGAGAACGGUGUAGGCCCCGGGAAGAAAUUUAGCGUUUCCGGCUGGGGACGAACGGAUGCCUUCCGCAAACAGCUGGGGAACAAUGCACUCAGUCCUAUAAAGUUGAAAUUGAUCCUCCCGUAUGUCGAGCCGGAAGUGUGCCAGAAAGUUUUUCUCCCCCAGCAUCUCCGGCUCGGUCCUGGCCAAAUUUGCGCCGGGGGUCAGAAGGCGAAGGAUACCUGCGGUGGGGACAGUGGCUCUCCCCUGAUGCACUAUGAUUUCAGGAAAGGUGUAUGGGUGCUGACCGGCAUCGUGUCCUUGGGGGUGCGCGACUGUGGCACCGAGGGAAUUCCCGGGGUGUACACGAACGUGCGAGAGUAUUUGCCCUGGAUCAAGGAACACGCUCGAAUGGCCUGAUUGAUGACACACUGAAGAGGGCACCACUCUGUUGAUGUAUUUUAAUGAUUAGCUAAUUAAGUUCUAAAUAAAGAGACAAGCCGGUAGAAACGGAGAAACACAUGAA